AGUUCGGGGAAACAAGCGGAUAAAAAAGCAUGCAAAGCUCAAAUAAUUCAGAUUGAGUUCCUUCUUAAAGAGUUCCUUUUUCUUUGACUAUAUAUCUAAACGUUUUUAGGUGUAUGGGAUUUUUUCGUUCAUUCUAGCCUUCUGAAUCGGUCGUGGAAAUAAACUCUCUGGAUAAAUGUGUUCUGUACAAAAUUCUGCAAAGCUUUGAUUAUGCUACUGAAGGCCAAAGUUUCACUCACGUGUUUAUUGCUGUUAUUAACUACUGUUAACGAACUUCAUGGCCAUUUCAUGAUGAAAGCAAUCAUGCAUGGAGCAGCCAUGGGCAUGAUGAUGAGGCCUAGAUUUUUGCCCGUACCCAUUCCAGUACCUCAAGGAAUGAUAUCCAAUGUGUUAUCAGGAAUUCGCAAUAUGUACCAGGAACAGCAACAGCAAAUUAUCGUUGUCCAGCAACCGAAACGAACACAGCCAAAAAUAAUAUUCAUUCAAGCUCAAAACGAGUGUUGCAAUGACUGGUGAAGAUUCUCUUUGUAGUAAAAAACACCGCUUUUCAGAAACUCGUACAAAAGUUAUUCACUAAUCUUUCCAGCACAAAAGCAAACUACGAUCGAAGGAUUGCAGCUUGAGAAUCCUGAAUGUAUUGUCUGCACAAGUUUAUGCAUCACUUAUGUGAAAAUAUUACUCACUUCAUUUUUCUUCACAUGAUACUAUGCAGUUUUUAAUACAGCGUACUGAUGCAUGCAUGCACUGCAUGAUUGUGCUUCUAAAACACAGGAAUCGGAUCGUUCAAGGGAAUAAUUACACUGAUUUCUUAUAAUACAUUUGGUGAUCAUUGAACUUUUUCAUAAGGACUGUUUGAUGUUAUUGUUUGACAUCAAUUUAGCACUGUUUAUAGUUGAAACUUACCCAUAAAAGUAUAGAUAUUAAAAAUAAGUAAUUAUGUA